AACUCAAAUAAAGCAAACCAUGAAACAGUUUCUGUUAAUCAAGAGGCCAUGAAUUGAACAAUGGUCCUUCUCCUCAUCCUCCUCUCCCUCUUCACCUCUCUCUUCCUGCCCACCAGAUUCGCCGCCCCACUUUACACGCUAUCCCUGAACCAAACACUCGCAGAUGCCACCAACGGAACGCUAGUUUCCGCUGGUGAAUCCUUCGAGUUAGGCUUCUUCUCUCCGCUAAACUCUGAAAACCGUUACGUUGGAAUAUGGUUCAAGCAAGUCUCACUACAAACCCCCAUUUGGGUGGCAAACAAGGACGACCCAAUAACAGAUUCAUCUGGUGUCCUCACAAUCACCCCCACUGGCAACGUAAUCAUCACUUCAGACCAAACAAAUCCCAUUUGGUCAUCAAAUACAACAAUAUUAUCUGGGUCAGCCAGUCCUGUUUUGAAACUCCUAGACACCGGCAACCUCGUUGUGGUCGAUAGCAAUACAGGGAAUUAUUCAUGGCAAAGCUUCGAUCACCCGUGUGAUACUUUAGUACCCGGAAUGAAGCUGGGAUGGGAUCUUUCAAAAAACCAAGAGUGGUACUUAACGUCGUGGAAUAGUUUGCCAGAUCCAUCCACGGGCGAUUAUACGUACAAGGUAGACCCCCAGGGCCUACCCCAACUAGUACUUCGGCAAGGAUCAAAGAUCUCUUACCGAAGUGGACCAUGGGACGGUGUUCGUUUCGGUGGAGGUCCUCCACUAAAACAGAACACCACCGUCAUUAAUCCUAUUUUCGUAUACAACACGUUGUCUGUGUACUACACGUUUCUCAACAAUGAUGGUAAUAUCAUUUCCAGGUUUGUGGUGAACCAAUCAGGAUUACUUGAGCACCUCACAUGGAACCAGGGGAGCGGCGAGUGGGUUCCUGUAAUCACACUGCGAGCGGAUUUGUGUGAUACCUAUGAUACUUGUGGGCCUUAUGGGAUUUGCAACACGAACGAUUCACCCACUUGUCAUUGCAUGGAUGGGUUCGUACCCAAAUUCCCAGUGGAGUGGAAUAGGUUGGAUAGGACAGGUGGGUGUGUGGCAAAGACAGAGUUGAAUUGCAGUGUGGCUGCGGGGUUUAGGAGGUUUUCCAGGCUGAAAUUGCCGGACACGUCCCACUUUUUGGUGAAUAGGACGGAGAUAAGUCGGGUGGAUUGCGAAGAGGCUUGUUUGAAGGAUUGUUCUUGUAUGGGUUUUGCUCGAACUGAUAUUAGGGGGUGUGUGGUUUGGUCUGGGGAGUUGCUUGAUAUGAGAGAGUAUAAUGAAGGCGGACAGGAUUUGUAUGUUCGGGUGGCUGCUUCUGAACUCGGCUCCAACAAGGCCAAACGAAGGGCGUUGAUUGCAUCAGUAACGGUCAUUUCAGGGGUUCUUGCAUUGGGUUUAAUCAGCUGGUGUGUUAUUAGGAAGCGGAGGCAGAUUACUGCUCAAAAGAAAGGUCAGAGACUGGAGGUUGCAAGUCAACGGGUCCAAGAAAAUAUUCAAAGUGCAGUGGAGGAGGACCUAGAACUACCUUUAUUUGAUUUGGCCACCAUUUCAACGGCCACUAAUAAUUUCUCCUAUGAAAAUAAGAUUGGAGAAGGUGGAUUUGGUCCUGUUUACAAGGGUCAGCUCUCAACAGGACAAGAAGUGGCAGUUAAGAGACUUGCCAAGACUUCUGGGCAAGGCCUCAAAGAGUUCAAGAAUGAGGUCAUCUUCAUUUCAAAGCUGCAACAUCGGAAUCUGGUCAGGCUGUUGGGAUGUUGCAUUCAUGGAGAAGAACGGAUGUUGAUAUAUGAGUACAUGCCAAAAAUAAGUUUAGAGUUACACAUCUUCAAUCAAACAAGAGGUACAUCGCUAGAUUGGCAAAAGCGCUUUGACAUAAUAGUGGGGAUUGCUCGAGGACUUCUCUAUCUUCACCGGGACUCAAGAUUAAGAAUAAUUCAUAGGGAUCUGAAAGCUAGCAACAUUUUGCUGGACAAAGACAUGAAUCCUAAAAUUUCAGACUUCGGGUUGGCAAGAAUGUUUGGAGAUGAUCAGUCUGAAGAAAAUACAAAUAGGGUUCUUGGAACUUAUGGCUAUAUGUCUCCGGAGUAUGCAAUAGAUGGGCUCUUCUCCGUGAAAUCUGAUGUCUUUAGCUUCGGUGUUUUGGUUUUGGAGAUCGUGAGCGGCAAGAAGAACAGAGGAUUUUACCAUCCUGAUCAUGACCACAACCUUUUGGGACAUGCAUGGAAACUAUGGAACGAAGGAAAACCCUUGAAUCUAGCAGAUGCUAUGAUGGAGGGUCCGAUUCCCACUCCAGAAGUGUUAAGAUGUAUCCAAAUGGCCCUCUUGUGUGUGCAAGACCGUCCUGAAGAUAGACCGACCAUGUCAGUUGUUUUGUUAAUGUUAGAUAGUGAAAAUGCAAUCCUUCCACCUCCUAAACAACCUGGGUUUUACACAGAAAGGUUUACUCCAGAGACGGAUUCUUCGUCAACUGGUAUAUAUCCUCUCGCUUCAAAUGAAGUGACAAUGUCAGCAGUUCAUGGUAGAUAGAUGGGAUUGUUUUCCUAAAACCUUGUAAAGAAACUUCUUCAUAAAUUGUUUUUCAGUAGUUCUACUUUUUC